ACGUCAGUUUUGUUCCAAACGCCGACGAAAUGGGGCACGCAGUAAAAUCAGUUUGUGUGUUGGUCGUGAUGUUGGCUUCUGCAUCUGUAUCACUAAGGCUCGGUACGAAGAAUGAAGAAUCUUCAGCUUUACGAAAUUCAGAACCCAGAAUUGCCGAUGGUGCAAAUGCCACUAGUAACGAAUUCCCUUAUCAGGUGGCCAUCGUUGCAAAAGGAACUGCAACCCUCCGAUGCGGAGGUGCUCUGAUCGGAAAGAAUUCUGUGCUCACAUCGGCAUACUGUGCUAACCUAGGGACCGCUUCUGAUAUACAGGUCGUCGUCGGCAACGUCAAGCUGUCUACGGAGCCCCCGUCUCAAGUGGUUGACGUGGACAUCAUCUUUGUUCAUGAGGCAUACGAUAUAUCUGGAAGGGUGAAUGAUUUGGCUGUUCUGCAGCUCGCCCAGACCCAAAAUAUCGGACAGCCUUCUGUGGACGUCGUAAAAUUGAGGAGCUCAAAUGUUGCUCUGAGAAGCCAGUGCAGUUUCACUGGGUGGGGAUCAGAUACUUGGAAUGGUGCAGCGUCUGACGUUCUCAAGAAAGCGAACCUCACCAUUUUAAGUACCACCGACUGUGUGUCUCAACUGGGGCAGGAAGUUCAGGUAGACCAGAUCUGUGCCGUUGGCGAGGGGCCAAGUAACGCGUGUUUCUUGGACGAGGGAGGUCCACUGGUGUGCGACGGCGAACUAACAGGAAUCUUGUCCCACUCCCUCAACUGCGGAAGACAGGGAAAACCAAGUGUCUACGCCGAAGUGGCCAAGCACAAAGCCUGGAUUGAAAGUCAUAUUGUCGAUGCGGCUUCAGUCAAUAGUCUUAGUCUCUUAACAAUACUAGCGAUGCUAACCGCACUUACGACUUUCUGGAACAGUGCUGCGUAAGUGUUUUUGGUACGAAUCAUGUUCUUCUCUUCGAUACUCCUGAGUAUCAGCUACGAAUGUAAAUAAGUGAGCUCUAACUGACUUAAUCCAUUAAAAUGUCCUCCUUCAGAAACUGAUAGCUUCUUAGCUGGUCAGGAAUUCCUCUGCCUCGUAUGGAACCCUAAAGAUCGCACUCGUGCGACUGAUUCUAGACACACUCUAAACCCUGGCGCAUUAAUCAUUUACAACUUCAAGCUUUCAGUCUGUAACUAUGUUAUUUUUCAUGACAACAACGCGGAACUGAACGCUACUUUCAGAUUGCUGUGAGAGUCGAACAUAUUCAAAAUAAGAGUCGCUAAGACUCUCUUCGUCUUCGACAACUGACUUCAGAAAUGAUAUCAGAUUUACAACUUAUCCAACUGAUUACAAAUACGAUCAAUACCAUUAAUUAAAGAAUAUAACACGUUCAUUUGUAAUUAUGUUAACUUACACAAUUAAUUGUUACGGUCUCUUGUAUUAGGCGAGUGGCUAACAAAAUGAAUAACCCUUUUCAUGUGAAUAGAAUUUAAUAAUCCAGUCCCUACAGCAAACAAAACGCAACGCAUCUCCUUUACGAAGAUCCGUCAGCUAAUGCAGUUUAACCCUCGUACUGCAUCAUUUGACUCAGUCGCAUGCAGAAUUGACCUCCGUUUGCCGUGGCACUCGACUUCGAUCGCUGAACCGUGAAAAUGUAUCUUUGUUGGUCUGUAUAGUGCUGCCACGUAGUUUGAAGCUUUUGAAGUCGUUACAACACAUUUAAAGAAACAAAUCGAAAGUGCGUCGUACUUAUACCUUAAAAUGUCGUGAUUUCAAGGAAGUGAUGAGAAAAUAAUCCGUGGCAAAAGGAUGGAUAUGAAACCCAUAAUUACACUCUGUGUGGGAAAAAUUCAGUUAUUCACUAAUAAAACGUGUGUUACGUAUAAUUACCACUAGGCUUUUAAAGGUUUACAUUAUUAAUUACCAAAGAGACCCACUCAGUUACAAAUGUGCUAAGUUGCUAACGGAUUUGAUUCCGUCAAACGCCUUAAUAAAUGACCUUUCCUUCCUGUU